CUAAUUUUUUUUCCCUUUCCUGGUUGCCCCGACAGUGUGCUGGGGAAGAGAAGCGGGUCGGUACGCGCACCGUGGUGGUGGGGCACCGGCCGGUUUUGGAAACAGAUGCGUACGUGGCACAGAAGUUCUGCGACAACAGGAUCGUCUCCUCCAAGUACACCCUCUGGAACUUCCUCCCGAAGAACCUUUUUGAGCAGUUUAGAAGAAUUGCCAACUUCUACUUCCUCAUCAUCUUCCUCGUGCAGGUGAUAGUGGACACCCCAACCAGCCCGGUGACCAGUGGCCUCCCGCUCUUCUUUGUCAUCACUGUCACAGCUAUCAAACAGGGAUACGAGGACUGGCUGAGGCACAGAGCUGACAACGAAGUGAACAAAAGCACCGUCUUCAUUGUCGAAAAUGCAAAGCAAGUGCAGAAAGAGAGUGAAAAAAUCAAGGUUGGAGACAUAGUAGAAGUGAAAGCGGAUGAGACCUUCCCCUGUGACCUGAUAUUUUUGGCCUCGAGCAGCGUUGAUGGGACCUGUUACGUCACUACAGCAAGUCUCGACGGCGAGUCGAACUUCAAGACUCACUACGCAGUGCGGGACACCACCGUGCUCUGUACGGACGAAGCCAUUGACACCCUCACCGCCACGAUCGAGUGCGAACAGCCGCAGCCUGACCUCUACAAAUUUGUUGGAAGAAUUAUGAUCUACAGAAGUAACCAAGAGCCCGUAGCCAGGUCUUUGGGUCCUGAAAACCUGUUGCUGAAAGGUGCUACCCUCAAAAACACCAAGAAGAUUUAUGGAGUUGCAGUCUAUACUGGAAUGGAGACGAAAAUGGCUUUGAACUACCAAGGGAAAUCUCAGAAACGGUCUGCUGUAGAAAAAUCUAUCAACGCUUUCUUGAUAGUGUAUUUGUGCAUCCUGUUGAGCAAGGCUACUGUGUGCACGACUCUGAAAUAUGUCUGGCAGAGUAAUCCAUUUAACGAUGAGCCUUGGUACAACGAAAAGACUAAAAAAGAGCGAGAGACGUUCAAGGUCUUGCGGAUGUUCACUGACUUCUUGUCAUUUAUGGUCCUCUUCAAUUUUAUCAUCCCAGUCUCCAUGUACGUUACAGUAGAGAUGCAGAAAUUCUUGGGUUCCUUCUUCAUCUCUUGGGACAAGGAGAUGUACGACGAAGAAAUAAAAGAGGGAGCGUUGGUGAACACCUCGGACCUGAACGAAGAGCUCGGGCAGGUGGAGUAUGUCUUCACGGACAAAACCGGGACCCUGACAGAGAACAGCAUGGAGUUCAUCGAGUGCUGCAUAGAUGGGCACAAGUACAAAGACUGCAUUUCGGAGGUGGAUGGCUUUUCUCAGACCGAUGGACCCCUGAAAUAUGGCGAAGCAGAAAAGAGCCGCGAGGAGCUGUUCCUGCGAGCCCUCUGCCUGUGCCACACCGUCCAGAUCAAGGAAGGAGACCAGGUGGAUGGGCUGAUAGGACAUAUGGAACGCAAAUACACCUAUAUCUCCUCUUCCCCUGACGAAAUUGCUUUGGUCAAAGGCGCAGAAAAGUAUGGUUUCACUUUUCUAGGACUUGAAAACGAUUUCAUGAAAAUACGAAACCAAAAGAAUGAAACUGAAAUGUAUCAACUCCUCCAUGUGUUGAACUUCGAUCCUGUCCGUCGCCGUAUGAGUGUCAUUGUGAGAACCACCAUGGGAAAGCUGUUUCUCUUCUGCAAAGGAGCAGACUCCUCUAUUUUUCCAAGGGUGCAGCAAGAAGAAAUCCAACAAACGAAAAUCCACGUGGACCGUAAUGCUAUGGAUGGCUACAGAACACUCUGCGUGGCAUUCAAAGAGUUAACUCAAAAGGAGUAUGACAAAAUUGACAGACAGCUUAACGAAGCAAAGAUGGCUCUGCAGGACAGGGAGGAAAAGAUGGCCAAGGUUUUUGAAGACACGGAAGCAGACAUGCACUUGAUUGGGGCUACUGCUGUAGAAGACAGGCUGCAGGAGCAGUCGGCAGAGACGAUUGAAGCUCUGCACGCCGCCGGCAUGAAGGUUUGGGUGCUGACGGGAGACAAGAUGGAAACUGCCAAAUCCACCUGCUACGCCUGCAGGCUCUUCCAGACCAGCACCGAGCUGCUGGAGCUGACAGCCAAAGUGGUGGGGGAGAGCGAAAGGAAGGAGGAUCGGCUCCAUGAGCUGCUGAUGGAGUACCACAAAAAGCUGAUUCAGGACGUUCCCAAAAACCGGGGAGGCCUGAAGAGGAGCUGGACACUGAGUCAAGAAUAUGGCCUGAUUAUAGAUGGUGCAACGCUGUCGCUGAUCCUCAACCCUUCUCAGGACUCCAAUUCAAGUAAUUACAAAAACAUAUUUCUACAAAUCUGCUUGAAGUGUACCGCAGUCCUCUGCUGCCGGAUGGCUCCUUUGCAGAAAGCACAGAUUGUGCGAAUGGUGAAGAACACAAAAGGGAGCCCGAUAACACUCUCCAUAGGGGACGGUGCAAAUGAUGUUAGCAUGAUUUUGGAAGCGCAUGUUGGCAUAGGUAUAAAAGGCAAAGAAGGACGGCAGGCUUCCAGAAACAGCGACUACGCUGUGCCAAAGUUUAAACAUUUAAGAAAAUUGCUACUAGCACAUGGGCAUUUAUAUUACGUGAGAAUAGCACACCUUGUACAGUAUUUCUUCUAUAAGAACCUUUGCUUCAUUUUACCACAGUUUUUAUACCAGUUCUUCUGUGGAUUCUCACAGCAGCCACUAUAUGAUGCUGCUUAUCUGACCAUGUACAACAUCUGCUUCACAUCACUACCUAUCCUGGCGUACAGCCUCCUGGAGCAGCACAUCAGCAUCGACACGCUGACCUCGGACCCACAGCUCUACAUGAAGGUUUCGGAUAAUGCGAUGCUGCAGUGGAGGCCGUUCCUGUACUGGACCUUUCUGGGCGCCUUUGAAGGACUCGUGUUUUUCUUUGGGGUUUAUUUUCUUUUUCAAAAUUCAUCCUUGGAAGAUAACGGAAAGGUUUUUGGGAACUGGACCUUUGGGACGAUUGUUUUCACCGUGCUGGUGUUCACCGUCACUCUGAAGCUAGCGUUAGAUACCCGAUUCUGGACGUGGAUGAACCACUUCGUCAUUUGGGGCUCCCUUGCCUUCUAUGUGUUUUUCUCAUUCUUUUGGGGAGGAGUCAUUUGGCCUUUCUUGAAGCAGCAAAGAAUGUAUUUUGUAUUUGCCCAUAUGCUGACUUCUGUUUCCACAUGGCUGGCAAUAAUUCUCCUGAUCUUUAUCAGCCUUUUCCCAGAAAUUCUUCUAAUAGUUUUAAAAAAUAUAAAAGAGAAAAAUCAUCAGAGCAGCAGGAAGGCACCCGAGUCCUUGUCGGCCAGACCUUCUGUCAGACCACUUCUUUUAAGAACAUUCUCAGAUGAGUCUAAUGUGUUGUAACAGACUGGCCCCUUUGAUCUGCCUAUGUUAGUCUCAUACAAACGUAUAGAGAAUGGUUAUGUGAAGACUGAAGAUGCUGUUACUAAUUUGGCAGAAAAAUAUCCUCUCAGGAUACUUUAAAGUGCUCCAUAAAAACACUGCGUAUUGUCAUGCUGUAGGAAAAAAACUGUGGUUUUAACCUAACAGUUCUCUCUAACGUUACCAAGUGCAGUAAGCAGCCGUGCUGAUGCAGCAGCAGCCGGGGCCCUGGCCCCACGGUACUGUUUGGUCUUGUGGUUUCCUCACCC